AUGCCAAAAAAAGCUCUUGAUUCUCGUAUUCCAGCGCUCAUAAAGAAUGGCUGUCAGGAAAAACAACGAAGUUUUUUCGUUGUUGUCGGCGACAAAGCUCGAGACCAGGUUGUAAAUCUUCAUUGGUUACUAUCCCAGUCAAAGGUUGCCGCUCGUCCUAAUGUUUUAUGGAUGUACAAAAAAGAUUUGUUGGGUUUUACCAGCCAUCGUAAAAAACGAGAGACUAAAAUCAAGAAAGAAGUAAAGAGAGGAAUCCGUGACCCUAACUCUGAGGAUCCUUUUGAGUUGUUCUGCAGUAUCACCAAUAUUCGUUACUGCUACUACAAGGAAUCUGAAAAAAUUUUGGGUACUACUUACGGAAUGUUGGUUUUGCAAGAUUUUGAGGCAUUGACUCCUAAUAUCCUUGCUCGUACAAUCGAAACCAUUGAAGGAGGUGGUGUUGUCGUUCUCUUGCUUCACAAAAUUAAAUCGUUGAAGCAACUUUAUACCAUGUCAAUGGAUAUUCACUCCCGUUAUAGAACUGAAGCUCACAGUGACGUGACUGCUAGAUUUAAUGAAAGAUUUAUUUUGUCUUUAGGUAAUUGCGAAAACUGUCUUGUCAUUGAUGAUGAACUCAACGUACUUCCCAUUUCCGGUGGUAAGAAUGUGAAGCCUUUGCCUCCCGUUGUCGAUGAAGAUAGAUCGACAGAAAACAAAAUCAAAGAACUGCAGGAAUCUUUAGGGGAAGACAACUUAGCGAGUGGUCUUGUUGGAAUUACCCGUACCCUUGACCAAUCCCAUGCUGUCUUAAGUUUUGUGGAAUCUAUUGUAGAGAAAAGUUUGAGAGGUACCGUUUCGCUAACUGCUAGCCGUGGUCGUGGUAAAUCUGCUGCUUUGGGUUUAGCAAUUGCAGCUGCCGUUGCUUACGGUUAUUCUAAUAUCUUUAUCACUUCUCCCAGUCCCGAAAACUUGAAGACUCUUUUUGAAUUUAUUUUCAAGGGAUUCGAUGCAUUAAAUUAUGAUGAGCAUACAGAUUAUGAUAUUGUUCAGUCAACGAAUCCAGCUUUUAACAAUGCCAUUGUGCGUGUUAAUAUUUUCCGCGAUCAUCGCCAGACAAUUCAGUAUAUUCGCCCUGAAGAUGCCAAUGUUUUAGGACAAGCUGAAUUAGUGGUAAUUGAUGAAGCAGCUGCUAUUCCCUUACCUUUGGUACGUAAGUUGAUUGGUCCUUAUUUGGUGUUCAUGGCUUCCACCAUCAACGGGUACGAAGGCACUGGUCGCUCUCUCUCUUUGAAGCUUUUACAACAACUUAGAGAACAGUCUCGUAUGGUUUCAGCAAAUGCAAAUAGUCCUGCCGGUAAUUCUUCAAUCAGCGGAAGAACUUUGAAAGAAAUAAGCUUGGAUGAACCUAUCAGAUAUGCAGCUGGAGACCCUAUCGAGGGAUGGCUUAAUAAGUUACUUUGCUUGGAUGCUACUAAUUAUAUUUCAAAGUCCGCAGCUCAAGGAUUUCCUCAUCCAUCCGAGUGCUCACUAUUCCGUGUUAGCAGAGACACGCUGUUCUCCUACCAUCCGGUUUCAGAAGCAUUCCUGCAACGCAUGAUGGCUCUCUACGUUGCAAGUCAUUACAAAAAUUCUCCAAAUGAUUUACAAUUAAUGUCCGAUGCUCCUGCUCAUCAGUUAUUUGUAUUGUUGCCUCCUGUAGACCCAAAGAAUCCCAAAUUACCUGAUCCUAUUUGUGUUAUUCAAUUAGCUUUGGAAGGUUCUAUUUCUAGGGAUUCCAUCCUAAACGGAUUGAGUAGAGGACAAAGAGCAGGUGGUGACUUAAUUCCUUGGCUUAUAUCUCAACAAUACCAAGAUGAAAAUUUUGCCUCUUUGGGCGGUGCUCGUAUCGUUCGUAUAGCUGUUUCUCCCGAGCAUACAAAAAUGGGAUAUGGUACCAGAGCGUUAGAGUUAUUGCAUGAUUACUUUGAGGGUAAAUUCGUUAGCAUUUCCGAAGACUUUCGCUCCCCUCUUGAUAGCAUGAAGAGAGUUUCUGAUGAAGAGCUUCAAGAAAAUGCGUUACAGACUGAGAAGCUUAAUGUACGUGAUGCUAGAACAAUGCCACCCUUAUUACUGAAAUUAUCAGAACUUCAGCCAGAGUAUCUUCACUAUAUGGGUGUUUCGUAUGGUUUGACACCAACUUUACAGAAGUUCUGGAAGAGAGAGGGUUAUUGCCCAUUAUAUCUCAGACAAACUGCCAACGAUUUGACUGGUGAACAUACAUGUGUUAUGCUUCGACCUUUGGCUGAACGUGAUACUGAGUGGUUAGGUGCUUUUGCGCAGAACUUUUAUAAGAGAUUUUUGACUUUACUUGGCUAUCAAUUCAGACACUUUACUGCUAUUACUUCAUUGAGCAUUUUGGACGCCUGUAACAAUGGUACCAAACAUUUCCAUUCAGAAGUCCCCAAACUGACUGAUGAAGAGAUUCAUCAAAUGUUUGAAUCAUUUGAUUUAAAGCGAUUAGAGGCUUAUGCUAACAAUUUGCUUGACUACCAUGUUGUUAUGGAUUUGCUUCCUAAAGUAGCUGGUCUUUAUUUUAGCGCUAAAUUCCCUGAGAAUGUUAAGCUUUCUCCUGUUCAGCAAUCUGUCUUACUUGCCCUUGGUUUACAAUUUAAGACAGUUGAUGACCUUGAACGAGAGUUUAACUUACCAUCAAACCAAUUGUUGGCUAUGUUGGUUAAGUUAUUGAAGAAAAUAACCACUUGCAUAGAUGAAAUAGAGAGCAAGAAUAUCGAACAAGAUUUGGAAGUCAACGAGAAGGCUGAAAAACCAAGUCACAGAGUUCCCGAAUUUACUCCUGUUCAGCAAUCAUUAGAAGAAGAAUUACAAGAAGGUGGUGACGAAGCUAUGUUAUCCCUUCGUGAAAAGCAAAAGGCCUUGAUAGAUGCUAUGGAUUUGGAAAAGUAUGCUAUUGGCGGUAAUGAAGAAGAUUGGAAGAAGGCUGAACAACAAAUCAAUAAAACUAAGGGUAAAGGAUCUACUGUGGUUAGUGUGAAGGGUCAAAAGAGAAAAACAGAAGCUGAUGAAGCAAAUAAACCGAAGCAACCCUCGAAGGAGAAGUCUUCUAAAAAGAAAUCAAAGAACUAA